AUGGGUUUAUCUGCUGUUCUGGGUAUAAAUGGAACCAAGAAACGAAUUCCUGCACAUUAUGUGAAGUUGGAUUUCAUGGUCCAGGUUGCACAAGGCGAUGUGAACCUCCAUCAUAUGGUAGAGAUUGUCAGUCUCAGUGCAAUUGUAGCAAAUACGACUGUCAUCAUGCUUAUGGCUGUGGUAUACGCUUUGAAGCUGAAUACGCAGUAUCCACUCAAAAUGCACAAAAAUUUGUACAAACAGAAAAUGAAGCAUCAACCAGUUAUCCUUCAAGCACAAGAAAAGCAAUUUCGAAUUCGCCUUAUAAUCAAUCGCCCAAAAAUUCUAUCAGGUACAAGAAAGAAGGUACGAAAAGUAAUAAUCAACUAAACAUCGAACAGUCAAAUUCCUUAACUACUGGUAUCAUCAGUCUCUUAUCCAUAGCUGGUGUUCUUAUGUUUAUUUACAUCGGUACAUAUUUUGCAAGGUGUGAGUAUAGCAAGAGAACGUCGACACAGAUACGAAGUAAUA